GUCCAUAUCAGAUAAAUAGUUUGACAUUUUUGCUGAAAAAUCAUUACUCCUCUCAUCUUCAAGGGGUCAACAAGAAAUACCAUCAGGAAGUUUUGGAAACUUUUCAAGAAAUAAUUGACCAACAUGGCGAAUAUUUGCUGUAUACUGACAGCGCUACUCUUUGCAAUCAUGCCCCAUGUACUGAGUAUUCCGAUUACGGGAACGAUGGGAAUGACGGAGUUCACUGAUGUUGCAACAACGGUCAUCGAAUCAGGCAUUGAUUUCGGGUUCACGACCCCGAGCUCAUCGUUGAACAACGAGGGUGACAUCGACGAAGCCAACAAUGACACCGUGACAUCAUCACCACAAACUGUGGUUUCUGGCGUGGCCGUCGAAGAGGGCAUCGACGAGUCGGAAGUCGAAGUAUUGAAGGCCAACCUCGAGAAAUACGGAUACGUUCCCCCGGGUUCGACCUUGGGUCAAGCCAACAUCAACUAUACAUCCGCCAUCAUGGAAUAUCAACAAAACGCAGGCAUCAAUCAGACAGGUAUAUUGGAUUUUAAGACCUCGGAACUGCUGAAUACAUCUCGAUGUGGUUUCCCGGAUGUCGUGCCUUACGUCACAUCAAGCGUCACAUGGCCACGAAACGGACCCGUGACGUACAGCUUCGGUGCGCUCACUGACGACCUCAAUCGCGACGUAGUGAUGAAUGAGAUGCGGAGAGCUUUUCAGGUUUGGGACGAGGUAUCCGGUUUGACCUUCAGUGAGGUGGCGGAUGGUCCUUCCGUUGAUAUCCGGAUCAAAUUCGGAUCCUUCGAACACGGCGACGGUAUCUCGUUCGAUGGUCGUGGUGGAGUCCUCGCGCAUGCGUUCCUUCCUCGUAAUGGCGACGCCCAUUUUGACGACUCGGAGACUUGGACAAUAGGGACUCGCUCAGGUACCAAUCUGUUUCAGGUAGCUGCUCACGAAUUCGGACACAGUCUGGGUCUAUACCAUUCUGAUGUACAGUCAGCUCUCAUGUAUCCCUACUAUCGUGGUUAUAUUCCUAACUUCAGUCUUGAUAGCGACGAUAUCGCAGGGAUUAGGAGUCUUUACGGAAGGAACACGGGAAGACCCACUACUACAACAAGGAGGCCCACAACCAGAACAACAACGCAACGCACUACCACGCGGCAGACCACUACUGCCACCACCACCACCACCACUCCUUCCGGUCCCACCCCUCCCCGUCAGGCCUGUACCGGAUCUUUCGACGCCGUUCUCAAAGAUUACAGUGGAAGAAUAUAUGCCUUGACCGGUCCUUACUACUGGAGGCUAGACCAGACGUCUGCUUCGUGGGGCGAAGUCCGAAACCGAUUUGGAUUUAAUUUGCCUGAUAACGUGGAUGCCAGUUUCCAAAGUGGAAUCUUUUCAUAUUUCUUCUCCGAGUGCUAUUACUAUUACCAAACUUCCACACGUCGAUAUUUCUCAAGGAUACCUAUUAACAGAAGAUGGGUCGGCUUGCCUUGUGAUAUCGAUGCAGCGUAUAGAUCAGCGAUGAAUGGUGCAAUGUUUUUCUUUAAAGAUGGGUUCGUCUACAAAUACAGCAGCGAGAAUGAACUACGAAGGCGAGCACGCAUUUACAACAUUUUCGGGAAUGUGCCUAGCGCCCUCCGCGAUGGAGUUGAAGCAGUGGUGUCCGUCGACAAUGUCUACGUACAUUUCUACAGGGAUGGGCGAUAUUACAGGAUGCGAGACGCCAACAAACAGUUUGUGAACUUUCCCAAUGGCCUGUCGUAUAGAGACGUCAAAGAUACACUGACCCCACAAUGCCGCGGUCUUUCGUUAAUAGAAGAAACGGAACAUUGCUCGAAUUCGAGCUAAAGCGUCCACCAGAAGUGACUUUCAUAUAGAAACCAUUCUCUUGCUAGAAAUCACCAUUCAUGGAAAGGAUGUGUAAUAUUGGUAUCAAGGUGUCAGAAUCAUUGUGACGUCACACCAUGGUCACAUCAACAAACAGACACCAGCCAAAUCGAAGCUAGAACCAUGAUAACGUUAUAUUCAAUGACACAUCAUCGAUCGCAUUGGAGUCGGUUUCGUGAGAGUGACAUUUAGUAUGCAAUAGUUGCCUACACACAAAUCCCCAUGCAGACAUAAAUGACUGAUGUAAUAUGCUUUGUGCAAGGAUUUCUUGUUUGGCACUAUGCUAUAUUCCCGGAGUUGGCCAAUGAUAGCCCCUUUUGCCGAAUCUUGCACAAAAAUGUGAUUCGCGGGAUUAUUAACUAUGUGGUAUCUACGAGAUUGAUAGCCAUAAUCAUGAUAGUGACAGCUUGUAUUUAAGUAUUUAUUUAUAUUUAUGUAUUAUUCGUAGGAUGUAAACACUUAAGGCUAGUGUAGUAGGGUGUGAGCAUGGUAAGUACAUACAUGGUAUGGUAUAUUUACAGUGCAUCAUUGACACAGUUACGGUAUCCUUAAAGGUCAAGUCCACCCCAGAAAAAAGUUGAUUUAAAUAAAUAGAGAAAAAUCAAGUAUUAAUAACGCUGAAAACUUCAUCAAAAUCGGAUGUAAAAUAAGAAAGUUAUGACAUUUUAAAGUUCCGCUUAAUUUUCACAAAAUAGUUAUAUGCUCAACUCAGUGAUAUGCAAAUUAGAGAGUCGAUGAUGUCACUCACUCACUAUUUCUUUUGUUUUUUAUUGUUUGAAUUGUACAUUAUUUCAAUUUUUACGAAUUUGACAAUACGGACCCCCUUGCUUGAACCACAAAAUGUUAAAAUAAUGGAAUUCCAUGUGUUCAGGGAGGAAUUAAACUUUGUUUCACAUGACAGUGACGAAAAAAUCAAAAUAUUUCAUAUUUCAUAUAAUAAAAUACAAAAGAAAUAGUGAGUGGGCGAUGUCAUCGGUUCCUUCAUUUGCAUACCGAACAGGGUGUGCAUAUAACUGUUUUGUGAAAUUAAGCAAAACUUUAAAAUGUCAUAACUUUCUUAUUUUACAUCCGAUUUUGAUGAAAUUUUCAGUGUUAUGCUUGUUUGAUUUUUCUCUUUUUAUUCAAAUCAGCUUUUUGUUGGGGUGGACUUGUCCUUUAAGGUACAAUUUUAAAUAUAUAUUUUCAAUUACUCCAAAAUAGUCACGAUUAUUGUCACCUGUGGUGUGGUACUUGAUUCAAAUCCAGUUGCUGUUCAAAUGUCGUUUGUAUGACGUUGAUUAAUUUUUUUAUUAUUUACCAAACUCCAACCAGCUGAGGUAAUACCCGGUAGAUUUUAUUCUUGGAAUGCAGAAGCGACUUAUUCGCAGUUCUGCUAAAGUCUGAGUAAUUAUUGUAAGCUCCAUUAGUGUCAUGUCUAGCAAAGACGUGAAUACUAUGUUCAUUACCUUUUUAACAUUAUAUAGGUCUAUUUUGAAAAUGCUGUCAAAAGUGUUUUCUGAAUACAUUAUACAUUGAUGAAGGCCCAAUGCUUUAAAGUUCCAUGUAUCCGAUGGCACGCCAUACAAAAACACAAAGAAAUUGCUUCUGUAUCGAUUUAGCGCCGAACAUGACUUGCGCCAAAUAGGCACAGUAAUCUUAAUUAAGUGAAUCGUUCUUUGCAGAUAUGUUUGGUUGUGUCUCUUUGGGAUUUAAAGCUGUUAUUCUAUUUGUAAUUAAAUAUAAUUUAAUAGUCUGUAAAUAAACUUAUUUAUUUAAAUCAA